AUGGCUCCAUCUGCUAUCAAUGACCAAGUUUCAUCUGAAAUAGUGACGGUUAAACCCUGGAGUCGUCCUUCGCACACGAAAGAGGACAUUGACUGGGCGCCAUUGGUUGAGAUUGACUUAUCUCGCUUCGACGCACCCGGCAGAAAGCAAGAGCUCGCAAAGCAACUAUAUUACGCUGUUACACAAGUUGGCUUCUGGGUGGUUGUUGGACAUGGAAUUGAAGAUGAGCGUGUUAUGCGCCAAUUCAGUAUCGGCAAUGCCUUUUUUCAAGAGCCGCUGGAGGAAAAGCGAAGCUUUGCCUGCAACUUUGCCGAGGGCGAGUAUUUCGGCUACCGUGAAAAUGAGAGAUGGAUUGGGGACACCGGGGUAAAAGACAACAUUGAAAUGCUUAAUAUCCCUAAACCGAUCCCUGAAUGGGAGGACCUUCCUAGACAUAAGAUCGUGCGUCAAAAUUUUGAUGAGAUAGCGAGCUUCCAUCGAGAUCUUUUUCAUAAUGUCAUUCGAAAGUUAUUUAUCUUGAUGGCAAUUAUUUUGGAGCUACCAGAAGACUACCUGGUGAAUGCCCAUGGCUAUGACAAGCGAUCCGAUGAUCACCUACGAUACAUGAUUUAUAACACUCGGACCCAAGAAGAUUGGGACAAAGCCCAGGCCUAUACCAAAGGAGGUCAUACCGACUUUGGCAGUUUGACCCUAUUGUUUUCGCAGCAUGUUGCUGGGUUGCAGAUCCGGACAACAGAAGGGGCGUGGAAAUACGUGAAGCCAGUUGAGGGUGGGAUUACAUGCAAUAUUGCCGAUACUUUAUCCUUCCUGACCAAUGGAUUUCUGAAAUCCACGAUUCAUCGCGUUGUCACACCUCCUAGAGAUCAGAUCGAUAUUCCUCGUCUUGGGUUGCUCUAUUUCUGUCGACCCGGAGAUCAUACUAUUAUGAGGACAGUACCAUCACCUGUGCUGGAUCGUCUCGGCCUGCUAACUGAAAAUGAUAAAGACACGAGCAAGAGUGUUGCCACAGGCACGGAAUAUGUACGCGCCCGUGUUCGGGAUGUGCAUCAUAAGAAGGUGAUUGACAAGAGGGAAAACACCUCGUUUGAGUUCAAGGGUCUGAAGGUCGCAAAUCAUUAUGAAUAG